GGCCGAGAUGGCGGUGUGCGAGGCGGCGGCGGAGCGGCGCGGGCCCGGCUCCGGAUGAGGGGCGGCCGCAGGCUGCGGGAGCGGCCGCCUCGGCCCCUGGAGCCCCGCGACUCCCGGCGAGGCCUCCCCCCCGGGGCAGGACAGUAUUGGAGCAGCCUACCUAAUGAUCCACCUUCCUGACUCUUCCUAACUUAAAGCCUGGAAUAUAAAAAGUGAUUUAAAUGCCAUAGCAUAUUUGAAAUCAAGCUGUCCUUCCAUGGAAUACUCAUGGCCUGAGGAAAAUGUCACAGGGCUGCCUUCUCUUCUCACCAGAAGGAAGGUUUUCUUACCAUGGCCAUAACACAGUUUCGACUCUUUAAAGUCUGUACUUGCCUGGCAGCAGUGCUUUCUUUCAUUAAAAAGUUAAUAUGCAGUGCUCAUGUUUUCAGAGCUUGGAGGAAUCCUGCAUUUUUUUUUCAGGUCUGGAAGAGGGCGAAAGUUAAGUGGAGACCAAAUAACUUUGCCAACCACAGUGGAUUAUUCAUCUGUUCCUAAGCAGCCUGAAGUAGAAGACUGGUCUUCAUGGGAUGAAGAUGCACCUACAAGUGUGAAGAUUGAAGGUGGCAAUGGUAAUGUGGCUGCUCAGCAAAAUUCUUUGGAACAAAUGGAACCUGAUUAUUUCAAAGAUAUGGCACCAACUAUAAGAAAGACUCAAAAAAUAGUUAUUAAAAAACGAGAGCCUUUAAAUUUUGGGAUUCCAGAGGGAAAUACAGGAUUCUCUAGCAGAUUAGCAGCCACACAAGAUAUUCCUUUUAUUCACCAAUCUCCUGAACUAGGAGACCUGGAUACUUGGCAAGAAAAUACAAAUGCCUGGGAAGAAGAGGAAGAUGCUGCUUGGCAGGCAGAAGAAGUUCUUAGACAACAGAAGAUAGCAGAAAGGGAAAAAAGAGCAGCAGAACAACAGCGAAAGAAAAUGGAGAAAGAGGCACAAAGGCUAAUGAAAAAGGAACAAAACAAAAUUGGUGUAAAACUGUCCUAACAGAAGCCACACAGCAAUGGGAGUGCCAGUGAAAAGAGAAUUUCAGGUCCACAAGAUACAUAUUGGUAUUGAUUUAACUAUUUAUAGGACUUCAACACACUGCUUGGUUUCAGUGCUUUCUUCAGGUCAUCUUGGAAGCCAGAAUUUUCCCAAAAUAUCUUGAACUACUAGUAUGUAGUUCUUAAAGAAGAAAAGCCCCACAGAAAAUCAUGCCUUGAUGGAAUGUUUCUUGCAAUAGUUCUUUUCCAGCACCCUUCUUUGCAGCAAGUGAUUGACAAGGAUGUUGAUCGAAAAACACUCUAAAUGAACAGCUCAAGCCUAGAGAAAAGAAUGUAAAUAUUGCGUGGUGGGAAAUCUACCUGUAUUGUCUGUGCUUACCUGAAACAUGUAAUUAAACAGUUUUAAAGAA